AUGCCCCAGAGUCCUGUGUCAAGCGAGGAGGAGAGGAGGAGUAUCUCCGAAUACCCUGGGGAAGAGUCGGACUCAGACAGCUCCAGAGAGGACACUGGAGGGAAAAACAAUCCCACUUCUGUGACCAACAAUAUUGGUCCUAACCCUCUUUCAUCAUCCUCAGUAGCAGCACGAAGAAUAAAGGAGAGGUCCAUGUCAGUUCCUGACGACUCCAAUUUUAGCAUGAUGGUCUUCCGUAUCGGGAUUCCUGACCUGCAUCAAACAAAAUGCCUCCGAUUCAAUCCAGAUGCCACUAUCUGGGUAGCAAAACAACAAAUACUGUGCACCCUGAAUGAGAGCCUGAAAGACGUCCUUAACUAUGGCCUCUUUCAACCAGCAACCAAUGGAAGAGAUGCCAAGUUUCUGGAUGAGGAACGCCUCCUUCGGGAAUAUCCACAGUCCUUCGAAAAAGGAGUUCCAUAUCUGGAGUUUCGCUACAAGACAAGAGUUUACAAACAGACAAACCUUGAUGAGAAGCAGCUGGCCAAGCUUCACACCAAGGCUGGCCUCAAGAAAUUUAUAGAAUACAUACAACAUGGCUCUGCAGAGAAAAUUGCUAGGUUGCUGGAUAAAGGCUUGGACCCCAACUAUCAUGAUUCAGAAACUGGAGAGACACCUCUAACCCUGGCUGCACAGCUUGAGGGAACUGUAGAUGUCCUUAGAAUGCUUUGCUUGGGAGGUGCCCACAUUGACUUCAGGGCACGAGAUGGUAUGACAGCUCUACACAAAGCUGUGUGCUCAAGAAACUACAGCGCCUUGAUGACACUUUUGGAUUUGGGGGGUUCUCCAAAUUAUAAGGACCGUAGAGGACUGACUCCACUCUAUCACACAGCUAUAGUGGGUGGAGACCCCCGAUGUUGUGAAUUGCUGCUUUAUAACCGUGCUAUCAUUGGAACAGUGGAUGAAAAUGGCUGGCAAGAGAUCCACCAGGCAUGUCAGCACGGGCACUCACAACAUCUGGAGCAUCUUCUUUUCUAUGGUGCUGAUCCUGCUACCCAGAAUGCUUCAGGGAACACAGCUCUGCACAUCAGUGCCCUGUACAAUAAGGAAAGCAGCGCACGGAUUCUCCUCUACCGUGGAGCAAGGAAAGACAUAAAGAACCAUGGUGGACAGACCCCCUUUCAGGUAGCAGUUAUUUCGGGAAACUUUGAAUUGGGAGAAUUAAUAAAAAGCCACAGAGAUAGUGAUGUUGUGCCCUUUCAAGAAUCUCCUUCGUAUGCUGUCCAUCGUAGGGAGGGAGGAAAAGCUCUCUCUGUACCCCAUGUUCUUCUUCGUGCCAACAGUGAUAACAGCCUCUCACUGCCUGAUUGGAUGGCAUUUUCUGCCUCUACAGCCAACACUGUCACACUGCAGGGACAAAAGGCCUCGGGGGGAACUCUACGCAGCUCUAGCAGUCCACGUGGAGCUCGAAGUCGGUCACCUUCUAGAGGUCGCCACACAGAGGAAUCUAAGAAACAGCCCCGUGGUCGGCCAAGUUCUAGUGGGUCCACUAAAGAAUCAUCUACCAGCGGUACUGUGAAUCACCGGAGCAAGCGCAAGCUUUAUUCUGCAGUGCCAGGACGUACAUUUGUGGCCAUAAAACCCUACCAGUCCCAAGGAGAAGGAGAGAUAUCACUCAGCAAAGGAGAAAAGGUCAAAGUUAUAAGUGUGGGUGAAGGAGGAUUCUGGGAAGGAAAUGCUAAGGGACGCACUGGCUGGUUCCCUUCAGACUGUGUUGAAGAAAUAGCCACAAAACCCCAGGAAGGAAAACAAGAGAGCCGGAGCGAUAAAGCCAAGCGUUUGUUUAGACAUUACACAGUUGGAUCGUACGACAGCUUUGAUGCCCCCAGCCUUGUUGAUGGCAUUGAUAAAGGAAGUGACUACAUUAUUAAAGAAAAGACUGUGCUGUUGCAGAAGAAGGACAGUGAAGGAUUCGGUUUUGUGUUGAGAGGAGCAAAGGCACAGACCCCAAUUGAAGAGUUCACUCCCACUCCCGCAUUCCCAGCACUACAGUACUUGGAGAGUGUGGAUGAAGGAGGCGUGGCUUGGAGAGCAGGGUUGAGGAUGGGAGACUUUUUAAUUGAGGUUAAUGGACAAAAUGUUGUAAAAGUGGGACAUCGUCAAGUUGUUAAUAUGAUUCGGCAAGGAGGAAACAACCUGAUGGUUAAAGUUGUCAUGGUGACUAGGAAUCCGGAAAUGGAGGAUGCCAUGAGGAAAAAAGUGCCACAGCAGACAAAGCGUGUAACACCACCUGCCAUUUCACUUCGAUCAAAAUCCAUGACAUCAGAACUUGAAGAAAUGGAAUACGAACCUGUUCCGAACACAGAGAAGAAGAGAACUGUGUAUCAAAUGGCAUUAAAUAAGCUGGAUGAGAUUUUGGCAGCUGCCCAGCAAACUAUCAGUGUCAAUGAAAGCUCUAGUCCCAGUACUUUGACUUCAUUAGGAACACCUCGGACUGCUGGCAAAGGCUUUUUUUCUUCAGAGCCAAAUUUUGGGCAGCAUAGAGUCCCCAGUGCACAAUCCGGUUAUGAGAGGCCUUCUUACUUAUCAUCUACACCGUCCCAGGCUAUGAUGAUGCGACAGAAGUCCAUUGCUCUACAGGAGGGAACUGCAGAACCUCUUGAAUGUGGGACUGAUCAUGCUGUCGCUCACCUUUCAGCUCGAGUUAGUCCUGUUAUGAGAUCUAAUUUAAAUCAAAGUGGAGAGUGUGAAGUUGUACUCCUUCCUACUCUACGACAGGAAACUGGUCACUUUGACCAGCAAGUAAUGGAAACACCCCAGAGAGACGAGGAAAAAAUGCAAAUUUACCAUCAAGACUCUGAGCAAGGAACAGAUGAGCAGAUUCGCAUAGGUAUGUCUCCACAGGCUAACAUGAGAAGCUGGAGGUCACAGGCACAAGAGAUUCGCUACUUUAAUCUACCCACCAGAGCAGCAAGUACUGCAAUGUAUGUUCCAGCAAAAGCAGUUCGCAGAAAAGGACAACUUGUAAAACAGGUUAAGAUAGAAAAUGAGCAACUAGAACAGCAGCAACAUCAGCAACAGAUGCAACAGCAGCAAUAUCAGUCUCACUACCAGCAACAACAGUCUAUGAAGUCCCAUGAAAAAAGCUCUAUCCCCAUUCCUACAAUAAUUAUCAAAGCCCCAUCAACAAGUAGCAGUGGAAGGAGCAGUCAAGGUAGUAGUAUGGAAGCUGAAAACCAACCCGAUCCAAUUCCUUCUCUUCAACUGAGGGACAAUAUUGAUUUCACAAGUCAGUUUGGUGCAGCCAUUGUUGGUGCUGCACGUCGGGACCGUGAGUUUAAUGAAGCCCGCCGAAAAUGCCUCUUCUUAUCUACAGAGGAAGAUACUGAGCCAACACCUGCUCCUCGACUAAAACUCAAAUCUAUUGAUGAAGGUAUGUUUGCUAGUGAACCAUACAUGCACCUCAAUUUACAGUCCUGCUCCACUCCAGUAACAAUGUCCAGUGUUAGCUCAGUUGGCGGAGUAGCCACCCCACUAAUACAUCCAUUAACUGGAAAAAUCCUUGACCCAAAUUCUCCUCUAGGUCUAGCUUUGGCAGCAAGAGAGAGAGCUCUAAAAGAGUCACAGCAGCAUAGUCGAAAUGAGAUGGAAGAAAGUAAAACUUAUCGUCCAUCGUCUCCACGAUUUGCGGAGCAACCAAAAAUCUCCAUUAGAAUCACCAGAGGUUCUCACCAUCGGCUUUGGAUUCAGGUCCAACUAAAAAAAAAAGAAAUGGAUUACAAGUCUUGUGUUGAACAAGGUAAAGCCUGGGAAAAAAGAGCAGAAGGCCAGGAAAAGAUAGAAUUGCAUGUGCGCUUCAUGGAAAACUCCACCCACAAAGAGGAUGACGAUAAUAGCAAGUUCCCUAUUGUCAAAGAAACAAAGAAUGAAAGAUCAUCACCAAACAAAUCAGUGAGCCAACCAUCAGUCACUAACAUAAAUUCAGAUCAAAAAAACCCAUGUUCCAAAGAGAAUGGACUCCCUCUAUUAGUCCUGCCUCCCCCAGCUCCAUCUAUUGAUGUUGAUGAUGAAUUUCUUUUUACUGAGCCCCUUCCUCCACCUUUAGAAUUUUCAAAUAGUUUUGAUAAGCCUGACUCCCCUCCAAGUGCAACAGCUUCAGACCCUGUAGAGACUGUGACAGAUUCUGGAAUUGAAGAGAUUGAUAGUCGAAGUAGUAGUGAUCACCAUUUAGAGACAAUUAGCAGUGUGUCAACUUUGUCUAGUAUGUCAGGACUAUCAAAUGAAGGAACAGAGCUUUUGGACACUUAUAUAACCUACUUGGACGGACAAGCAUUUGGUGCUGAUAAGACUGCUCUCCAAAAUAAGACCCGAGACAGCCAAGGAUGCUCAGAGGAAAUCUCCCACUCUUUCCAUGGGAGGACUACCCAACAGGAAAAAACAUCACCUGUCUCCACGGUUAAGGCCAACAUGAUCACUGAGCUGAGCUCCAAACUCCAACAUAUGAGUGGUGUUUCAUGGUCUAGACCUCUAGAAUCAGCUGUGUCUUUUACCCCAGAGAGACCCACCUCUCUACAAAGACAUAGGAUAGUUGAUGAUUCUUCUGCUUCCUUGAUUUCUUCUAAACCAGUGAGCAGUUUGUUUCACAACUGGCCCAAGUCUCCGCAACCUGCUCCAAAGCAUCCUAAAAGUGUAGACUUUGACAUUCGUCCUGCCCUGAGACGAGCACCAAGUCCGUCAUCUUUAUCCUCGGAGCAUAAAAUAAGUCCAACACCUCGGCCUUCGUCACUUCCCAUAUUGCCUUCUGCCCCUGUUUACACAGGGGUCUUUGAUUUGAGGGGCUCUCCCACAGCUGGAGCUGACUCAUUUGCUAGCUUCCCAACGGGCAGUCGUUCCUUGUCCCCCACACAUUUUAUUCUACCACCAACAGAGAAGCCCUUUGCUUCUAAACCUCUUCACUUCUGGACAAAAUAUGAUGUGGCUGACUGGUUAGAAUAUUUAAACCUUGGAGAGCACCGAGAACAUUUCCUAGACAAUGAGAUUGAUGGUAGCCAUCUACCUUCUUUGACAAAGGAGGAUUACAUUGACCUGGGAGUGACAAGGGUUGGUCAUCGAAUGAACAUUGACCGUGCUCUCAAAUUCUUCUUGGAGAGGUGAUCUGAAAAAUCAUUGAAUUGUAGUUUUUACAUCUCAGCAACCAUCCAUUUCCAAAAGCCUAAAUAGUUUUUUUCUUUCAAGUUCCAAGGGAGGCAUAUGUGAAUGUACUCUGAGGCAAAACAACAAAACAUAUACAGAUUAUAUACAGCUAUCUAUCUCUCUAUAAAAAUAUACUUCAAUAACAGAAAAAAUGCACAGAAUUUUCAUGAAAUGAUUG